AUGUCCAAACCACACACACUACUCACCCUCCCGGCAGAGAUCCGAUACAAAAUCCUCUACCAUACCCUCUGUCACCAACACCUUCUCCAAUCCUUCAUCUCCAACCGGAUCAUCGUGACCAAGCUCCGUGGCCUCAAGGGUCCCGACGGGCAUAGGCUCUCCCCGGAUAAACACGAGCACUUCUACGGCACUGAAAUCAUGAGCUCCUUGUUUGUCGUUUGUCGUCUCAUGCAUGCUGAGCUUGAAGAAAUUCUGUUCACACGCUUCGUUUUUCACAUGCGUUUGACUUUUGCGCGAGAAUUCGUGGAUACGAUUAGUCCCCGCGCGUGUGCUUUGAUACGGGUGAUAGAAGUGGUUGUUAUUUUUGAUCUCAGUCGUGAUGAGAGUCCGACGCAGGAGGUUAUGAGUUAUUUGAAGGAAAAGCUUCCGGUGUUGAGAAAGGUGGGUGUGACGGUUGUUUUUGUGAAGGCUCCGUUUGACGGUGGUUUGGCCAAGAGCAGAAUCAACGGGUUUGCAGAUAGGAUUGUGGAUUUUGUGAUGGGUUUUGCAGAGGGUAUGGGGGUUGUGGUUGCUGGGAGAGAUGCUUGGUUGUGUAAAAAGGAGAUCAUGGAUGCGUGUAGGGAUAAGAUGGAAGAGCUGGUGGUAAGUUCGAAAAGGGAGGGAGUGGAUUAUGAUGUAAAAGUUUUGAAAUUUCAAGGUACUAGAUAA